GUGUUGAUACUUGAAAAAAAUAAAAAAACCUUAAAUUGAACAAAAACUAACAUAAAAAUGGGAGAUCUUAAAGGUUUAAGAAAAGAAAUUACUUAUUUAAAAGAUGUAGAAGCAGUAGGUCAAUCAAUUUUAUCAGAUAAACAAGAGAUAAUUGAUUUAAAUAAACGUCAAAAUGUGAAUCGAGAAGGAUUACGGGCUAUGCAGAAAUCAUCAAAUAAGAAACAUUUUAUUAGUAUCGGUGGUUUAUUGAUUAAAACGGACAAAAAAGAAUGUGAAAGAAUUAUUAAUGACGAUCAACAUAAAAUUGAAGCACAAAUAAAUUGUCUUCGUAGUGGAUUAAAAGUAAAAGUAAAUAAUUUAAGAGAUCUGGAAUUUGAACCUCCUGUACCAGGAUUGAAUUUAGCACCAUUAUCUAAAGAUGAAAUGAAUGCGGUUCGACAAGUAAUGGGUGGACAUGCAACUUAAAUUCAUAAAAAAAAACAACAAUCAAUUAUUGAAAUAUAUUUUUUUUAUACAAAUUAGAAAAUGUAUGCUGGUUCUGUUACUAUAUUUUUAUAAAAAUUUGAUCGGACAUCGGAAGAAAAGGUAUAGAAAAAAGGAGAAUUGCAGAGAGAAUUACAGCCAUGCUGCCAUCGUCUGUCUAUAGAGCGACAAAACAC